GAACAGUCAAACUGAAUAUGUAUCGGUGGUGGAAGCAAGAGAAAUUGCAAUCAGUCGCAGUUGAACCUUCAGUUGGGUUACAUCAUCACUGAGAGUACCAAUAGGAGGGACCACUGUCUCCUCUAGAGUACCCCCUUUUCUCACAGUGUAUUUAUAUAACACUCUCUUGUGCAAUCUGAGCCGUUUAAGUGAAUAAUUUUCAACUUUUCUUAUGUUUUCCAUGAAAGUGGACCUUCUAGUUGGCACCAGUAUUGUGUAAAAGUAGUGUAGAAUCAAGUUUAAAGAAAUCUCCCUAUUGCGACACUUACAGUAUUGAGUGCAGUGUCCAGAAUUGGUGGAACAUCAAAUUGAGGUCAAAUUGGACGAAUCAACCAACCGGCUUCUCGUCAAACUUUAUAUAUUAAUUUCAGCUCCAUUUCCAAUUGAAUGGCUCUAAUGGAGGGAAAAUUGAACAGCACUUUUUCAUUUAUGCUACUCCUGCACCUUUUACUCUGUCUCGUAUGCGGCGUGGCGUCGACCUAUGGGAAUGGAAAUAGCACAGCACCACUUAUAUCACAAACAUCGACGGAAUCCGUGUCGACAACUGUUCAGCAGCAUCACACAACAUCCCACUACGACACCCACCCGCCGGCUGUGAUAGGUGUCGGGGGACUUCCUGGGUCCUCCCUAACAAGCAUGUCGCCAGUUACAACAUCAGUGGAUGGACAGGGUUUUUCUGUUGUAUCCGCUGGUACACCUUCAACGGCAUCAUCAGCUACCACGAAUCAGGACUUCGGAGAGGUUCAACUUCCUGAGCAGCCAACGCUACCGGAUGAUCACCAGCAAAUGGGUACGAGCACACCUAAUCAGCAGGAAGCGGCUGGCAUUGCGAAAGCUCUAGACUGGCUCAAGGAGAAGCGUGAGCAUGACUAUGGUUGGGGUAAUGACACGCACAUGGUCAUUUUGGCCAAAGAAAUUUCCGGUGGACGAGAUCCAACAGAUUCGGAUAAUCACAUUCAAGUGAUAGCUGAAUUGGAGGAUCUUCUUUCGGUGAAACAGAUGGAGAUUGAAAUUCUCACCAUGUUGAAUCAUCACAGUCCUCUCCCGGUUUCCGUUAAUUCCGAUAAACUCGCUAGAUAUGUCCUAGCCCUUGGUUCUCUGUGCAAGGACCCCAAGAGAUUCCACACUCAUGAUCUCGUAGCCAAUCUCAUGCGACAUGAACCAGCGCAGGAUCAGGAAUUUGCAUUGGUGACUCUGGCAGCGUGCAGUUCAGCAGCACAUGUGAGGAAGAGGCAAAUUCGAAGACUCCUCGAUAUUGCAAGUGGUGGAACUGACCAAAGUGUUGACACUGUGGCCAUGGUGCUCUUGGCCCUGCGUUGCAUUGUCACAGACCAUCGUCACCGACACUUGCAGCACUUUGUACGGCGACCUGCUCGAGGUUUGGCAAGUCUUCAAGGACCACGUGGUAGUUUUGGCUCUCUCAGGAGUACAGCUCUGGCAAUGCAGGCACUUCAGGAUCUCGAACCUGAUCCAGCUGGAAAGUGGAGCCGAUCUGCGGCAUCCAAAUGGAUUCUGGAUCAACAGAGAUCUGACGGUGGUUGGACCGAAGAACCCCUUCAGGAUGGUCAGGAUCCAAAUGUGGGAAUUGGUUUGACUGCUGACAUUAUCCUGGCACUGGGAUGGAAGGGCUUGGGAGCCGUUAGGAUACUCCAGUGUGACCAUGUAGUUAGGGAAAUGAAUGGAAAUGGUGAAAAUGGAGAAAAUGGCGAAUCCAAGCUCUCGAACCUUGUUGGACUGGAACGAGCAUCUAUGGAGGAGUCCGAGGCCAAAAAUGUGUCUUACACGUACACACUGUGGGUGGGAACAAAUGUGACAGAGACCAUUUCCUUAUCCCUCGUCUCGCCUAAGAAUACCAGCUUCUUCCGGGCUAUGACCCAAGCAGCAGAAAUGGAUUCACGAUUUGCUUUUGAGGCUCGUGAGUGGCCAAAUGGGCACUAUGUGCACACCCUAGCUGGCAUGAAGGAGGAACCAAGAGGAUACAAUUAUUGGCUUCUGUAUCGUCUUCCCGAACUUCCUGACCCAACCAAUCCACCUGGGAAUCAACUCAUUGCUCCAGUCGGUGUCGAUGAGUUGAUCGUCGAGGAGGGCGAACAUUACCUCUAUUGGUAUAAAAAAUUAUAAAUUUAUUCCACCCAAAAGGAGUCGGUUUUAUUGAAUUAGUUACAAAAACACACACAACACUCACUUUCUUAAUUUCGCUCCUCGUAAGUUUUCCUUUAAUUUUUAAAAAUAAAUUCUCAAAGUUUGUUCUUUAAUUUUUUUUUGUCGUUGACCCACCAGAAAGAAUGCGAAAAAAUAUGUAAAACAUAAAAUAAAUCACAAAGAUUAACAUGCAACUAAAUUUAUAAUCUAUUUUAAUUAUUAUAACCACAGGAAAAAAGUAUAUUCGUACAAAAAAAAAUAAA